AUGGCAGAGGAAAUUAUUACUGUUAAUCAAGUGGAGUAUGAGAUGAUUGAGCCAGAAGAUGUUGAUGGGAAAGCAAAUCCUAAUGAGGGUUUCAUUAUCACAAAAGGAGAGGAAAUUACUGAUAAUCAAGUGGAGUCUGAGAUGAUUGAGCCAGAAGAUGUUGAUGAGAAAGAUAAUCCUAGAGAGGGUUUAACUAUCACAAAACCAGAGGAAAUUACGGUUAACCAAGUGGAGUUUGAGAUGAUUGAGCCUGAAGAUGUUGAUGAGAAAGAAAAUUCUAACGAGGGUUUAACUAUCACAAAAGGUCCGCAUAUGAUUCUUUCGCGUUAUCGUCGUGAGCGUAGGAGUUCCUGUCACGAUUUCUGCAAAUAUGGCAUCCAGCACUCCGAUGAAGAAAAACCAUGGAAAACAACAAAGAAAAUGAGGGAAAGAAAAACCAAUGUAACUUCAUUGGAAGGGACUGAUAAAUCAGGAAGAAGUUCAAAACUUGGAGAUCCUAAUUAUCGUGUUGACAUUAAGGAAGUAAUAACAAAUGAAAAAACAGACAUUUCAGAGAAAAGUUCAACACCUUUUGAAGAAGCAGAUGUUUUCGUGCAUAAUAACAGCGACAUAGUACAAGAAAGUUCUGAGGCAUCUUCUUCUCUUCAUGUGAAGGAAUGUUCCAAAACUCAUAGAAAAUGGGAAAUAGUCAAAAACAAAUGUGCUUUUGGUUCAAGCAGCAGAAAAGAAACUGCAAUCCAAAGCAACCAGAAAAUAAAAUCUUCUGGUGGAGGCAAGGAUAAAUCAUCAGCAUCAAAUUUUCUCUUGUCUUCAAAACAAAAUGUCAAGAAAUCUUCAAGCUCGAGUUAUACUGCCAAAAAUUUGAAAAGAGUGUCUUCUCAGAAAAAUCAUGAGAAUGGUGAAGGCAAACAUGAAUUAGCCAACAAUGACAAUUUACCAGAGAAAAUUUUGCAUGCCAUUGAACCGAACUCGGAAAAUUUAUCUGAGGAACCUACUCUGGCUUGUGAUGCAACUAAGCCACCUUCUCCUUCACUUUCGCUGUCAUCGUCAAAGGACAAAAGCUUAAAGAGAACCAGUAAGAAAACCGGCAAGCCUGUGAUGUCUGCAUCUUCAAGGAAAGGCCUCAGACAUGCUGGACAUGGAACACUCACUCAUCAAUCCUCAGGGAACAAAUUCAAAACAAACAUACAACUUAAAACACACAAUGUUUCGCGACCACCAUCAGUGUUAUCAUCUGUUUCUUCAUCUAACACUUCCCUCAAAAAACAAAAUGGUGUUACUUCUAAGCCCAAUAAAACAGGACAUGUUAAUCAGGGUGAACAUUUGAAGGUAGGGUACAAAAUCAGGCCUAAAAUGAGCACAAUAGUUGGGGGGGCAAAUAAAGCUAUUCCAUCAAGGAAGUUAACUUUUAGGAGAGGAAAGGUGAUUGAAACUCAGCCUCAAAGCAACAACAUUGCAAGGAGACUCAAAUUCAAGCCGGUGCGCUUGCUUGGUGAUGACGCCAGAAGAGAUAUAAAUAGCACAAGAAAAAGGAUCAUGACCAAUAAAGAAGUUGAUGGUGGUGAGUUAAAUGCUGCAAAUGUCAAAACAGAGAAAAUUGACCUCAAACACCAAACUAUGGAAAGAGGUAAAAACAGAAAUUUUGCGAGAAAGGUCAGCGGUGUUGAUAGAAGCAAGGUAUCUGGUUCAAAAUCAGGAUCUGAGGAAAUUGUUUUGAGGCAUCAAAAUGUAGAAGCGAGGAAACAAAAUACAGGUUUGUAUAAUAAUGUCAUUGAAGAAACUGCAAGCAAACUUGCUGGACUAAGGAAGAGCAAGGUCAAGGCUCUAGUUGGUGCAUUUGAAACUGUGAUAUCUCUUGAUUCUCCUAGAGAGGCCGCAACUGCAGAAGCGAGCGCAGUUUGUUGA